AUGAGUGACGAGGAGGUUCCACAGGUUCCAAGGGGAUUAACCUUAGAACAGGCUCAAAAUCUUAGAAGAGAUAGGCGAAUUGACGAGUUGGCAGCAAGGAUGGAUGAGAUAUUAAAAAGGCUUGAUACUCUUGCUGGAGAUUCUUCAAGGCCUAGGAGAAGAGAUAGACUGAAGGAUGAUGAUAGGAACCUUAGAUUAGAUCUUCCCGAAUUCAAUGGGAGUAUGAAUGAACCUGAAAAAUACUUUGAGUGGAUUAGAAGGGCCGAGACACUCUUUGAUUACAAGGAGUAUGAUGAAAGGAAAAGAUGCAAAUUGGCUGAAUUAAAACUGACCGGUUAUGUUAGUCUUUGGUAUGAUAAUCUAAAGAAGAAGAGGCAUAAGGAGGGGCGUGCAAGAAUCUCAACUUGGGAACAACUCAAGAAGCACAUGAAAAAAAAGUUAUGCAUGCUAUGUGGCUUAGAGGAGAUUGUUGAGCAUAAGAUUGAUAGAUUUAUUUCGGGGUUGAAUGAUAAUAUUGCUGAAAAAGUUGAAUUGCAACAAUAUUGGUCCUUUGAUGAUGUUUGCAAGGUAGCUUUGAAAGUUGAAAAACAGAUAAAGGGGAAGAAAGAGACCUUGGAGAAAAGUGGUUCUAGUUCCAACUACAAGGAGACUAAAUCAAAAUUUGAAGCUCCUAAAAAGCUUGUUGAAGAUAAGAAGUGCUUCAAGUGUGGUAGUGUUGGUCACAUUGCAACUAAUUGUCCAUCAAAAAGAGUAAUGACUGCUCAAGAGUGGGAGAAAGAACAAGAUAAGUGUGAGCAAGGUAGUGACUAUGUAGAAAAGAACGAAGAGGAAAACGUUGAAGAAGAGGAGGGGCAUAUUGACGAAAUUGAUCCCGAGACUCAUGGUCAAAGUUUGGUUCUAAGAAGGGCGCUACACUCUAAAACCGUACCUAUGGAAAACAAUCAAAGGGAGAAAAUCUUUCUUACAAGGUGCAAGGUAGAAGAUAGGUUGUGUGACAUGAUCAUAGACACGGGGAGUUGCACUAAUGUGGUAUCUACUACUUUGGUAGACAAAUUGAAGUGGCCAACUACUGAACAUCCAAGCCCUUAUAAGCUUCAUUGGCUUAAUAAUUCGAGUGAUGUUAAGGUAACUAAACAAGCCUUAAUCUCCUUUUCAAUUGGUAAAUUUCAUGAUAAAGUUUUGUGUGAUGUUUGUCCUAUGGAUGCUUGUCAUAUAAUAUUAGGCCGUCCUUGGAAAUAUGAUAGAUUUGUGAAGUUUUAUGGAAGGACUAAUGUGUAUGUUGUGAGAAAAGGAGAAAAAGAGAGACCGGUUGCUUUAAAACCUUUGAUAAGCAACAAGUCUUCUAAUGUUACCUCUAAUUCGAAGAGUUCUUUUUUGAUUAGUGAGAGGGAAUUAGAAAAAGAGAUUUGCAGCAACAAUGUGGUAUAUAUACUUGUUUCUAAUGAGAUUCGAAUUGAUCAAAAUAAACAAGCAAAGAGGCCGUAUGAAUUGGAAUCUGUUUUAGAAGAAUUCAAGGAUGUCUUUCUUAAGGAAUUACCUCCGGGACUACCUCCUAUUCGUGGGAUAGAGCAUAAAAUUGACUUAAUUCCGGGAGCACCAUUACCUAAUAAGGCAGCCUAUAGAAGUAAUCCGGAAGAAACGAAGGAGAUGCAAAGGCAAAUUGAAGAGAUUAUGGCUAGAGGAUAUGUGAGGGAAAGUAUGAGCCCUUGUGCCGUGCCUACUUUACUUGUCCCAAAGAAAGAUGGGAGUUGGCGCAUGUGUAUUGAUAGUAGGAGUGUGAAUAACAUCACUAUCAAAUACCGAUUUCCUAUUCCAAGAUUGAUCUUAUGA